AUGGCUCCCAUUGAGUCAUUGACCUUCUUAGAUUCCAAUUUUACGAGAGCUGAGAAAGAAUGGGGCGUGGACCCGCCCCACUUUCACAUGGGUCGCACGUGGAUGCCCUUAUGUCACGUGUCAUAUCCUAUGAAAUUGCUGCUUGUGAACAUGCAUGAGAUCCAUGUGCUGUCUCCAAAUUUGGUUAACUUCUGCAUGUUUGGUUUUUAA